CGUCACGCUAAGGUGGAGUUCGUCUGCUAGUGCGUGGUGUUUGCUGUUUUCUUAAACGUCGAUCAAUAUGUGGGAUAUGGUUGGCGCCGUGUAGAAUUUGCAAUGCCUCAAGUUUUUCCAUCUGUUAAGAUAUGGAGUUUAAGUUUAAUCUUAUUUGCUGUUGUCACCUGUUGUUACUCAGCGGCACAUAUCGAGAAUGACGACAAUGUGCUACACAUAGGAGGAAUAUUUCCUAUUGGAGGAAAAGGUGGCUGGCAGGGUGGUCAGGCAUGUGAACCAGCUGCUAAUCUUGCCCUGGAAGAUGUAAAUGCAAGACCAGACCUACUGCCAGGAUUCACACUCAAAUUACAUUGGAAUGACAGUGAGUGUGAACCUGGCUUGGGAGCAUCAGUCAUGUACAACUUGUUGUACAAUAAUCCCCAGAAGGUGAUGCUUCUAGCUGGCUGCAGCACAGUAUGCACAACUGUUGCAGAAGCUGCAAAAAUGUGGAACCUUGUAGUGCUUUGUUAUGGUGCCAGCUCACCAGCCCUAUCUGAUCGGAAUCGCUUUCCAACACUGUUUCGUACUCAUCCAUCAGCUACAGUGCAUAAUCCAACAAGAAUAAAACUCAUGGAAAAAUUUGGCUGGUCUCGUGUUGCCAUACUGCAGCAAGCAGAAGAAGUAUUUAUCUCGACUGUGGAAGACUUGGAAGCACGUUGCAAAGAGAGUAAUAUCGAAAUUGUGACUAGGCAAAGUUUCUUAAGUGACCCAGCAGAUGCUGUACGGAAUUUACGAAGGCAAGAUGCAAGAAUCAUAGUUGGUCUUUUCUAUGUUGUCGCAGCUCGGAGGGUGCUUUGUGAGAUGUAUAAGCAGAAUAUUUAUGGGAAGUCAUAUGUCUGGUUCUUUAUAGGUUGGUAUGAGGACAACUGGUUUGAAGUAAAUUUGGAAAAAGAAAAAAUAGAAUGUACUAAAGAACAAAUGAAGAUAGCUGCUGAAGGACAUUUGACAACAGAAGCACUGAUGUGGAACCAAAAUAAUCAGCGCACAAUUUCAGGCAUGACAUCAGAAGACUUCCGCCAGAGGCUUAAUGAAGCUUUGAGCUCACGCUACGACAUAGCUAACAUGCGCUAUCCUGAAGGCUACCAGGAAGCUCCUCUGGCAUAUGAUGCGGUGUGGGCUGUGGCUCUAGCUUUCAAUAAGACAAUGCAACACCUUCGCGGCCGUGGGAUGAGUCUAAAAAAUUUUACUUACACCAACAAAGAAAUAGCAAAUGCCAUUUACUCUGCAAUCAACAGCACACAGUUCUUAGGAGUAUCUGGUAUUGUUGCAUUCAGCUCUCAAGGUGACAGAAUUGCUCUGACACAAAUAGAACAGGUGAUUGAUGGGAACUAUGUAAAGUUGGGCUAUUAUGAUACAGAGAGUGAUAAUUUGACUUGGCUGAACAAAGAGCGUUGGAUAGGUGGGAAAGUUCCACAGGAUCGUACAAUAGUUCGAAGGGUUCUCCGUACAGUUUCUUUGCCCCUUUUUAUAUGCAUGUGGACAAUAUCAUGUGUGGGCAUCAUGGCAGCGAUUGCUCUAAUUGUGUUUAAUGUUUGGUAUCGCCAUAGGAGGGUCAUUCAGUCAUCGCAUCCGGUGUGUAACACAAUUAUGCUGGUUGGUGUCUGUGCUUGCCUGUGGUCAGUUUUCUUGUUAGGCCUAGAUGGACAGUUUGUGAGUCCUAAUGUGUACCCAGUAAUUUGCCAGGCUCGUGCUUGGCUGCUUUGCACAGGAUUUACACUUGCUUAUGGUGCCAUGUUUAGUAAAGUGUGGAGAGUCCAUCGUCUUACUACAAAAGCAAAGACUGAUAUUAAGAAAGUUGAACCGUGGAAACUGUACCUCAUGGUAACUGGAUUUCUACUUGUUGAUGUGGUGUUGUUACUCACGUGGCAAAUAUACGAUCCCCUUCAGAGACGAAUUGAGGUUUUUCCAUUGGAAGAUCCUGUUUCAACUGAGGAUGAUGUCAAAAUUAGACCUGAAUUAGAACACUGUGAGAGUGAAAAUAACAACAUUUGGCUUGGUGUGAUGUACGGUUACAAAGGCUUAGUACUGGUUUUUGGACUGUUUUUGGCAUAUGAGACACGAAGCAUCAAAGUGAAACAGAUAAAUGACUCUCGUUAUGUGGGAAUGUCUAUUUACAAUGUUGUCGUGUUGUGUCUCAUUACUGCUCCAGUUACAAUGGUCAUAGCAUCACAACAAGAUGCUAGUUUUGCAUUUGUUGCUCUUGCUGUAAUAUUCUGUUGCUUCUUGAGUAUGGCUCUUAUAUUUGUGCCAAAGGUAAUAGAGGUGAUCAGACAUCCACGUGAUAAAGCAGAAUCAAAAUACAAUCCUGAUGUUGGCAUGACAAAAGAAGAUGAGGAAAAAUACCAGAAACUGGUGGCAGAAAAUGAAGAAUUACAAAAGCUUAUAGCUGCUAAAGAAGAGAAAAUCAGAAUGCUAAAGCUACGCCUCCAAGAACGAGAAGCAGCUAAAGCAGCAGCUGGAGUCAGUUUGGCACAACAGAGCUCUUCUCACCACCAGCAGCAGCAAAGUCAGCCAGAACAUCGUGCACAGCAGCAGCCCCAACAGCAGGUGGAUGACGCCCCUCCUACAGGAAUGAGCUGCGUAUAAUAUGCUAGCUCCGUGACGUCUGUGAUUCUCAACAUGCUUUUCCAACACCUGGAUUGUCAUCUUACCAAGGUCUCAAACAUUCUGUUAAAAAAGUGAUAUUUUAUUUGUGGUACAGCUGAUGAAGGUUUUUUAAUUUUUUUCUCUUUCUUGAAUGCUGAUUUCUCAGCUUCUAUGUGCUCAUUCAAAAUUAUGCUCAGAUCAUAAUUGUAAUGGUCUGAACUUGAAUAGUCUUAAGGAAUAUGUGUGUGUGAUAGUGAAUAUGAAUAGAUGCUUGUGAUGUGUCAGCCCUGUGAUGAAAGGCAGUACUAAUAUAUGCCCAUAUGAGAAUGUUGUGUGUUGGUAGUUCGUACUAAGAAGAUUGUGUGUGUUUCCAUAUUGCUCUGAGGUUUGCAAUAUUCUGUGCCAUACUGCAUUUUUUCCCUCAAGAAGUUCUGCGGAAAUAAAAAACAAUUUUGCGACGUAUCUGAAAUAUAUGGUAUAAUAUUUAUCCAUUAAAGAAUCAGUGUGCUUGCUAGGGACAUAUAUACAGUUUAUUGUGUGUGUGUGUGUGUGUGUGUGUGUGUGUGUGUGUGUGUGUGUGUGUUUUCAAGUGCAAGCUGAAAUGUCAUAAAAUGUCCAGCAUGCCUAAAUGACAUGUCAUCAUUGAAAUAACAUAUAUUUUGUCUUUUAAACCAGUUAUCAUAUUACAAGAUAUGAGUACAUAUGACAUCUGGGACAAGAUAUAUCUUACUUCCUAAAUGAUGUGUCAUUUAGGCAUGUCCGACUGUUUAUGAUGUUUCAGCUUGCACUUGAGAUUGGGUAUAAAGCCGAAAUUAUUAUCGUGUGAAAUUGCUGAAUAGAAAUUUACCGUCAACUAGUGGAAACUUGUUUCAAAAGUUCCCCAUGACUGUGGUCCCCCAAGAAGUGAACGUCAGUGGGGAAAAAGCAGUAUCAGCACUAGGUGAAACUGCUAAUUUUUAUUGUGUUGUCAGUUAGUGUGCAUGCUGUGUUAUAAAAUUAGGAUAUUUAGUUAUAUAAGUGUCCUUUAAAGUAUUUGAAGUAGUCUCGCAAUGUGCUGCUCUGAUGUGUUGUGGGUAGUUUAUCAUAGUCUGAUACUGAAGAACAUGUCAUAAGCUUAAUGUCACUGACUUUUACUAGUGACAGUUAAAAUUCGUAUGUAGUUAUAGGGUUCUCCUUUGAAGGUGGUUUUUUGUUAUGACAUGAAUUAUUAAUUCUGUAGAUGUGUUUAGGAAAGUUUUGGCAGAAUGUAAAUAAUUUAUGAGGAAAUGACACACACACACACACACACACACACACACACACACACACAGUCAGCUGGCAAUGUUGAAAGACAACAGUGUGUGUGUGUGUGUGUGUGUGUGUGUGUGUGUGUGUGUGUGUGUGUUGUAUUUACAAUUUAUUGUUUUCUUAUGUUCAGAACUAGAAUAUCUGCAUAUUAUUCUCAGCUAUUUUGAUUCAGUGUAAAAUAUCACAGCAGGUCAUUUUAAACUAUCACAUAUCCUAACAGCCUUGAAAUUGUAAAUUAGCUGUUUAUUUUUAAAGUUGGAAGAAUUAUUUAACUGAAUUGUGGGAAUAUCAGUUAAAACAAUUAUUUCCACUUAUAUUCUGCCUAAAAAGACUUGUUGAAUACCUCUACAGGCCCUGUAAUUGCUGAGAUUGCUUAAACCUUGUUCCCUGUAACAGACAGAACUGAAAUUUUGAAGCUCACAUUUUUCAGUCACAUUGAAUUUAUUUAUUCCUUCUCCCGUAACAUCUUACUAUGUAUCCUACAGUAUGUCACCUUGGGUUGUGUUUACUUCAGUUGUGUUAUAAUGAAGGAACCAAUAAUUCAUAUUCAGAACUGGUUACCAUUGGAGUAAGGUAAAUUAAAUUCAAGUUACUUACAAGUUUUUUGAAAAUUCCAUUUCCCAAGUACCGAGUCUAUGAAUGUAUCUAGUCAUGCUUUACAUUGUAGUUGCCAGUAUGUUGAGAAGAUAAAAAGGCCAUGACAUACCUGUAUGGAUGCAUGCUGUAAGAGAUCUGUUAAAGAUGGAUGAUGCCCAACAUUUUAUGUUAGUGUCCAUGUAGACUUACUGAUAAUGCAGAAAGAAUGAACCCAUGUUAUUUCAUAUAACAGAAUGAACAAAUGUUAUUUCAUAUAAGUGCACCCUGCCUGGUCACAUUUUGAAAUAAAUUAUUGUUCACUUAUUUUUGAUCUUCAUGAUAUUUAAACUAAAGAAGAGUUCCUUGUACAUAAAACAAUUGUACAGUUUCAUCAAUACUGUGUUACAUAAAUUGCAAUACUUACUAUUUUAGUACCUGCUGGAAAAUCAUUUUCUUGUGCAACAGCUGAAAUUACCUGUACGUUACAGUUGUGUGGGGGGGAAAAAAGAAUUGAUUUAAACCAGGUGGAGAAAAUGAUUUUUCGAAAUAUUUACUUAUCAUAAAAAGUACAAAUAAUAGAUGAAAUGCGGACAGGUCAUUUAGUGAAAACCUUCAUAUGAAACACUAAGGAUUAAGUUAUGAUGAUUCUGUUAAAUAAAGUAAUUUUUACACACUGUAAUAAAAGAAGAAGAAUGAGUUGGGAAAUGCCUGCCAACAAUGUGGAUGGUAGUAGCCCAGAUCAGAGGAGAAACAAAUUGACUGUCCUUAUGGAGGAACAUGCAACAGCAGAAAUAGCUUUUCUGUCAGUCAAUGAUUGUCACACAUAUCACGACAAUGCUCAUUGACCAAUGUAUGUCAUGAAAUUGGCAGUGCUUUUUCUUCAGUGAAGUAUCUGAGGUUGGGUUUGUUCAUUGUUGGUGAUUAGCAGAAGGCGAGAGUGCUGCACGCCGAGUGCGUUCGCCCCGUAGCCGACUGUAGCUGAAGAUUGCAGAUGAGCUCCCAUAGUUCCACAAAUGAAAUAUGUUUCUACUGUAAGGAUACUUUUUACAAUUAUAUGUGGAACAGAUAAAUAAAUUAAAUGACUGGAAUGUAACAAUUUUCUCAUUUUUAUUUACAGUACUUAAAAAUUCUUUUGUCUUUCCUAUUGUUACCAUGACUACUGGGUAUUGUUCUGAUAAAACACAUCUAAAUGGAUGAGAGGGAAAUGCUGUCCUGCUAUUCAAAAGGUCAAAUAAAUUGUUCAUAUGUUUUGUGUUUUAAGCUGUAUCAAUCUGCUUUGCCUUAGUUGCUCUAUGUGUCCUGACAGCUGCAGCAACAGUAUGGCUGAGUACUUGAUCUGCCAUUUUCACAGCCAUUUUCUGAAAUGAAUCAGGUUGUAAAUGACUGUCAGUGAAUUUUAACUGUAUCCAUUUGUUUGUUCAUUUGUUUGUUUUUUUUGUCAAUAUUGUAUGUCAGCCUGCCAUCUUCAAACGAAAAAAGAGCAUUGUUGAAAGUGAAGUUGCCACUGAGCAGAUUGUUUUGUAUGCUUUUGAAUAAACAUGGAACAUCCUAAAUAGCAAACACUCACUGUCUAUUCACACUGAAAUAUGGUUUUUCUGGUAUAACCUGUAAAUGCCUGGGCAUGCUUCAGCUGAAAGUUCCCUGAUCAUAAAUGACCAGUUUUCAUUCCAGGUUUGCAUUUUGCUAUAAGAUAAUUUGCUCCUGUUAGAGCCCCAAUAAAUCUGCAUGUUUUACUCCUGAAUUAGACUAAAAGUAUGAAACAGGCAGUUUCUAGUUACUGUAGUUACCUCUAAUCAUAAAAACAAGUGCAUAAUUUGUGUAAGGGGUUUCCUUCCCGUAUCACCUAAAUCCUCCAGACCGCCUACUAAAUCUGGAUCGUUUGGGUAUUCCAGAUGCCACAUUAUUGACAUCUUGUCAAAAGACAUUACACCUGCUCUUUCUAAACAGAUUUGUGCCUCAGAUUUCUUGCUAAGUUGAUUAAAAAGGCUUUUGUUAAAUCCUGGUAGAAAUUUUGUGGCACCAUUCCAUUGUCUAAUUGUAGACUGCCCAGGUAAAAUGAUGCCCAGUUUUUGAAGAAAAAUUAUACGUUGAAGAUUUGUAAAAUAACAUUAGAGAGAUUUUUUUUCAGCCAAGGACCAAUGACACUUGUUUGCUCUUGCGUUGCGUGUCAACCCCCAGUGCCCUGGAAUAAUGAGAAACUGCUAAACACGUGGAUUAAUAUUAUAUGAGCUUCUAAAGUGCACUAACCAUCUCUUUAAUUUUUGACAAGUAGGAAGAUUUGUUUUUUAAAGAUCCGUUCAUAUUAUUAAUUUUUUGUUUCACUAUUUGCUUUUUUGGAGGAGUAUCAUCGUCAUCAUCAUCAUGAUCACACCAUAAAGAAUUUUCUUUUAAUUGUCUUGCAGGCAUUUCUGUGAUUUCUGAAAAUGCUUCACACUUUUGUGGUGUUCUAUUGGUUUCUGCCACAAGGUGACUAGCUGCACUGUGUGUUCUUCAUGGUGUACUCACUUUCAGUUCAGGUGAUGGUGGUCUUGUCCGUGGGUCCUUCACAUAUUGCUGAAGAACCAGUAUCAGAUGUAAAUUUUAGAAUAGAGGAACUGCUGUUUGUGUAAGCUGUUGUUACCUGGUGUUCAUGAAUGAUUUGUCUUAAAAAUGAGCAUCACACAGGAGUCUGUUGUGCUACUUUUCUGGAUCCAUACCCAGCAAUCUGGCAUUGCUUGUAACAAUAACUGUCUCUGACAAAAAUGCAAAAUAUAUAUUUAGAGUCCAUUAAUAACUCUAGUAGCUCAUAUAGUGUUAGAUUCAUUAAAAGAAAUCUUUCAUCAAGUAUUUGCAAACAGAGCUCUUUAUUUUCAAGCUUUGCUGGACUAAUUUAAAUACUUCGAUUUUCAGAGCCAUGCACGAUUUAGUGCACAUUCAAGAGACAGUUCUAUAUUACAUUUCAGUCCCUACAUUCUUGAAAUGUUGUGUUUACUGCAAGGAUAUUUUAAGCAUGGAAAACACUAAUCAAAUGAACAUUGAUGCAGAUUGCAUUCUCUCAUGUGCAAACGGUAGGCGUGUGUGAGCAAACAACAUGUUUGCUUCAGAGUUCACUUGCUAUCCACCAUGCCUGUGACUUUUUGAAAACAUUCAAAAACACGUGAUUUCUAAUCUCUUAUUCUAUGUGACAUUAUUUGCUUCAUAACCUGUCUUUAAUGUUGUCUUCCUUUCUUGCUUAGCUUUUUCACACCGAGAAACAAUUUAUUAGCGAAUUUAUAUUCUCAGUGUUUGCAAGUGUUUAUCUGAUGAAAUUCUUGUCCUGUUGUGUUUCCUCCCAUUCACUACCAUGUAAAUGCUCUUGAAAUGCACAGUGAGUUAUGGAAAGGAAUGGCAGAGAACACUAAUUAAUUGCACACUGAAGCCUGGUUUCAGAGAACGAGAAUAAUACUCUCUGGUCUACACGAUUGACAAGCAUGAGAAAACAUUUGGUAUGCAUUCGCUGAUGUUUGCUCUUGUUCAGUUAGUUGUCGGUCUUAUAGUGAAGCAUCAAAGAAGGCUUGCACUCUCUCCACUUUUUCACUAGCAUCACAGACAGUAUUCUUCUGCUAAUUUGUGUGUAAACUACUUUAUGGUUAUCAUCAGUUAUUAAUGUUCUGCGUUUAAAUUUCCUCCACAAGUAUAAUGAGGAACCAGCAAAAGGUAUCAAUCAACAUAUGUGCAAGGUUUUGGGAUAAUGCUAAAGAAGGCUGGAGCACAAAUCAGGUUCACAUGAACUUCCCAAUGCCUUUCAUGAUUAUGUAAAAAUUCACACACCUACAUACUUACUUUCCUACUCCAUUUUGCUUGCUUUGUCAAAAACAGCAGGCAAAAUAAUUCUAUCUCAGUAUCGAAGUUGUACGUAAUCUGUUACCACUGUUUGCGGUCGGGCAAAGUUGCCCCAAAUUUCACCGAAUGAAAUGUCAUCUAGUUGUUGUUGCCACCAGUAAUAGUGUGAUGCUGUUGUUGCCUGGUGGCUGUUCACUGACGAGGACUGCCUGCCAGAGCAAGUGCUUGGUUAAUCUAUUUCUUGUGUGAUCUGGGGUAGUAGUAUGGAUGAUACUCCAUUUUGAAAUGUGACUGCUUUCCAGGUAAAAUUUCAAAGAACCACUUCAUUCCUAUAAAUUCUUUUGCAUUUUCUAUGAAGGGUUUUUGGUUCAGAAGAUUCCUUUGCAGACAGGUUCUGACAGAGUAUAAAGGCACUAAAUUUAGGUUAAAGACUGUAAAUGCAGUCAUUCUUACUUUUUUUAUUUGUCAAGAAAAUAAGAAUUUGCACAAGGCUUUAAACUAUAGAAUGAAACUACUACUGUGUUUGUUUGGUUUUCAUUUAUCUUUUUCUACAAUGUAAUAAGUGUGCAACUUGCAAACAGUUUAUGACAGUAUGUCACACUUGUUUGCUAGUCAUAAAGUGUCAUGCAUUAAUAGAAUGUAGAAUUUUCUAGAUUUAACAGUUGAGAUUGCAUGUAGUGUCAGAGAUUUGUCCAGGUAUCUUGAUAUCUCUGUAUAUGUUGUGUAGUUGAAAUUAGUGUAGAGUAACAUUGUAUAUAUUAUUCAUCUGCAUAGAGUAAUGCUGUUCAACUUCUUUACUGUCACUGAAAUACUGAUUUAUUUUCUCCAUCAGUGGUGAUCAGUUUUCCUUUUGCAGUAUCUGUUAAAAAUGUAUUUCAGCGCUCUCUCUCUCUCUCUCUCUCUCUCUCUCUCUCUCUCUCUCUCUCUGUGUGUGUGUGUGUGUGUGUGUGUGUGUGUGUGUG